AUGAGCAGCCUCGAAGACCCAGAGCUGCAGCCGCUGAUUACACCUACGUCACAACAAUUGGAUGUGCUUCCAUCACGCUCAGUUGAGGACGAUGUUCUCCCAGAGACAUCAACACUCGGUCGCACGUUGACAUGGCAAAGCGCCUACAUUCUCGUUAUCUCAAGAGUGAUUGGUAGCGGGAUCUUUGCUACUCCAGGCGCAAUCCUUCGCUCAGUUGGUAGCCCCGGCCUGUCACUCUCACUUUGGAUUGUCGGCGCAAUAAUUGCUGCAUGUGGAUUGAUGAUUUCCCUUGAGUUUGGUUCGAUGCUACCACGGUCCGGGGGAGACAAAGUGUACCUGGAAUUCACAUAUCGUCGACCCCGUUUUCUAGCAUCGACCCUCAUCGCCGUUCAGGCCGUUCUUCUGGGAUUUACAGCGAGUAAUUGCAUCGUUUUCAGCGAAUAUCUUUUGUUUGCACUGGGCGGCGAGAACCCCAGCGAUUUCCUUCGAAAAGGGAUUGCGGUUGCACUGCUCACACUCGUCACCCUGAUUCACGGUUGUUUCCCACGUUUCGGCAUCAAGCUGCAAAACUUUUUAGGUUGGAUCAAAGUCGCCCUCAUUAUCUUCAUGAUAAUGUCAGGUCUCUAUGUUGUUUUGUUCAGACCAACACCAGAAUCCGCUCAGAAAACAACUGGAGUACUCGGCUGGGGAGACUUGUGGGAAGACACCAAUUGGAAUUGGGGUGUAAUUGCUACAUCCUUAUUCAAGGUUUUCUAUUCAUACGCAGGGCUCGACAACGCCAAUUACGUGCUGAAUGAGGUCAAAGACCCAGUUCGAACAUUGCGAUCUGUGACAAUGGCGGCGUUGACUACGGCAUGUGGACUUUACGCCCUUAUCAACGUGGCAUACUUUCUCGUCGUUCCCAUUGACGAGAUAAAGCAGAGUGGCGAGCUGAUAGCGGCUCUCUUCUUUGAACGAAUAUUUGGUGCGGGCGUUGGGAAAACAAUCCUUCCACUGGCAGUUGCUCUGAGUGCAGGGGCAAACGUUCUCGUCGUCGCCUUCUCAGCGGCGCGAACAAAACAAGAAAUUGCCAGACAAGGUUUUCUCCCGUUUUCCGACAUUUUAUCAUCGACAAAGCCAUUCAACUCACCUCUAGGCGGAUUAUUUGUCCACUACAUUCCAUCAUUUCUGGUUAUCACGUUGCCACCUUCUAGGGACGUCUACUCGUUCAUCCUGGAGGUUGAAGGCUACCCCGGGCAAAUCUUAGCAUUGGCCAUUGGUGCAGGACUUCUAUGGCUACGCUUCAAACGACCCGAUAUCAAGCGUCCAUUUAAAGCAUGGGUCCCAGCAGUAGUCUUACGAAUCGGCCUAAGCAUGGCUCUGCUUGCUGCACCUUUUUUCCCGCCGGAUACAAAGCCGCCAAACGGGCUAUUUUACGCCACGUAUGCAAUAAUCGGCGUGAGCAUCAUUAUAGCUGGAGUGAUAUAUUGGUACAUUUGGACUGUCCUCUUACCCCGGUGUGGGGGUUAUCAGAUUGAGGAAAAAGAAGAGAUUCUCAGUGAUGGGACAACUAUUACAAAACUUACGUACGAUCGACCUUUCCAAGCUCAUUCUGUUAUCAUAAGCGAUCUCACAGGUGACGAAGAGCGGUUUUCGCUGGACAGAAAUGGGUUUCAAAUUUAUCGCAGCCAGUCGACUGAGAAGCAAUUUCAAGACGACGAUCAGAUUAAGUCGUCUUACUAUGCAGAAGUUGAGGAGCUUUUAAAGGAUGUGACGGGUGCCAGCCGUGUGUUUAUCUUCGACCAUACUAUUCGCCGCCAGCCGCCCGGAUCAGCAACGCAAGAACGAGCGGGUCGCGGACCAGUGCAACGAGUUCAUAUUGAUCAAUCGUAUAAGGCUGCUCUUUCCCGAGUUCCACACCACCUUCCAGAAGAUGCCAACCACUUGCUCAAGGGUCGAGUACAGAUCAUCAACGUCUGGAGGCCCAUAAAAACUGUACAAAGAGACCCACUCGCCUUCGCGGAAGCUGGGUCUGUUUCUGAGUCUGACCUGGUCGUGACCGAAUUGAUUUAUCCUAAUCGGCGAGGAGAGACAUAUGCAGUCAGGCACAACACCAACCACAUGUGGUACUACAAGCAUGGUCUGACACCGGACGAAGUGAUUCUCAUCAAGUGCUUCGACAGCAAGACGGAUGGGAGAGCUAGAAGAGUGCCCCACACAGCUUUCGUCGAUCCCACGGCUAGCCCAGAUGCACCACCAAGAGAAAGCAUAGAGGUUCGAGCUCUUGUUUUCCACCCUGAAGACCAAGAGUAGGUCAUGGAUCCAUUUGUAUUUCCUUUCUUCGGCUUCAGUGUACACGCAAGGUGCCACCGGACCCUUGAACUUGAGCAAGCUUCAGCCUUCACGUCAGUAGCGGUAUUAUGACGCGUAGCAAAGCCAUCAUUCUUUUAGCAAAAUAGGAUUCAAACUACUUAGUCCAGCUGUAAAUAAGAUUGGCACUAGAUUGAAUACUGUAGGUACUUUGCUUUACUUUACUUAGCAGGGUGGCAAAAAAUUCAAAGCACC